UUCCACUAGCGGCCUGUCACUGUCAUCGGAAGCUCGGGACUGACUGAAAAUGAUAGUGACGCAGCAAUAAGAAGUGUGAAAAUUCCUCAUAUUUAGAUUAUAUGCUAACUAAUGAUCAUAUCCUAAUAGGAAAUAUCAUAUUCUACGAUUCAUUCAUUUUUAACAUGGUCACAAAGACGAUACUUUAAAAAGACGAGGAAGCCCACUUUAUUGGAUGUUGGAUAUAACACAAGAGAACUUCAUGUUGCAAGUCUCUUUAGACCAGAAGUAAGGGAUGCUAUGUUCCGCCUGAUACGUCCUCUGAUUACUAAAAGAAUAUUAUCUCUCAAUACUGUUAUGUCAAUUGCAAUGGAACGCUCACUUAUUACAGAUACAAUAGAUUUAACUCCAUUUCCUGAGUUAUAUACUGAAGAAAACAUCAUUAUACAUAAAAUUUUCAAAAAGUAUGGAUAUGAUCUACGUAUCGCUGGAGGAGCAGUGCGUGAUAUUUUGCUCGGGAUUUCUCCACAUGACAUAGAUUUUGCAACAGAUGCUACUCCGCCCCAAAUGUGUGAAAUGUUUUCCAAGGAAGGAAUUCGAAUGUUGAAUAAAAACGGAGAGUCACAUGGAACUGUUACAGCCAGAAUUAAUGAUAAGGAAAAUUUUGAAGUCACCACUUUACGUAUUGACGUUGUCACAGAUGGAAGGCAUAGUGAAGUGGUCUUUACAAAUGACUGGAAGUUAGAUGCUGAAAGAAGAGAUCUUACAGUGAAUUCAAUGUUCCUAAGUGUUGAUAUGCAGUGGUUAAUUGGUGAGGUUAAUGGAGUAACAGCAGAUUCCACUACAACAGAAAAUGAUACAAGUAAUAAACGAAAAGUGUUAGGAUAUUUAUGGGAUUAUUUCAACGGUCGCGAUGACCUGAAUAAUAAUCGCAUACGAUUUGUAGGCGAUCCAGAUGCUAGAAUAAAAGAAGACUACUUAAGGAUACUAAGAUAUUUUCGAUUUCAUGGUCGCCUAUCAGUGGAAGACACAUAUGACAGACAUGAUGAAGAUGUCUUAAAGAUUAUAGCCUCAAACGCUAAAGGCUUGUCAAUUAUAUCUGGUGAACGUUGUUUCAGUGAAUUGAAGAAAAUUUUAUUAUAUCCUUCAACUCCAUUUCUUCUACGUCGUAUGGCAGAUGCUGGACUAUUUGUUCAUUUGGGUCUUCCUGAAAAUCCUAACUUUGAAGAAUUAGACAAAAUUUGGAGUAGAGAUAUAUUGUCUACUGCACCAAAUCCGAUUACUUGUUUAGCUGCAAUUAUGACAUCACCUGAUCAAGUAAGUUCAGUCAUCGUUGAAACAUUUAAAGAAUUUCUGUGUCAAUGA